AAGACCGCGAUCAUUGACGACGAGCUGCACGGAGAAGUCAGGAUCGAUGAACCGGUCUUGCUAGAUUUGCUGGAGUCGAAAGCUGUCCUGCGUCUCAGAGAUAUCCACCAGUAUGGUGUCAGUGCGCUCUUCGGUCAGACUGCUCCUGUUACCCGUCUAGAGCACAGCAUAGGCGCCAUGUUGAUCGUUCGGCGCCUCGGCGGGUCCGUAGAGGAGCAAGUUGUAGGACUACUUCACGACAUCUCGCAUACCGCUCUAAGCCACGUCAUUGAUUUCAGCCUAGGCGGCACAGGUGAAGGGGAAAGCUAUCACGAAGUACACAAGGAGCACUACCUGCACAGCACCAACAUCUCGGAGCUGCUGGCGAAACACGGCCUGAAAUUGGAGAAAAUUGCGGAGGAGAGCAAUUACGGCCUAGUGGAGAGAUGCUCGCCUCGCCUAUGCGCGGAUCGAUUGGACUAUGCCCUCAGAGAUACAGUCGCUAGCGGAAAUUUGAAGAGGUUGACGGCGCGAAAAGUCUUGUCAAGCAUCGUUGCUUGUCCCAAUCCUCAACAUCCGGAUCGAGUCAUUGCGAUGACAGAUGUGGAAGCUGCUCUGGCGUUAUCUCGAGCCUAUAUGCGAACGGACGCUAUGAUGUGGUCUGAGCCAACGCAAGCCAUGCUUUCGUCACAAGUCGCCGACUCAAUCUGGCAGAUGAUGCAGUCAGGUCAUCUGGAAGAGUCUCAUCUAUAUACACGAGCGGACAAGGAAUUUUGGGCCGAGAUG